ACGGCCAAGGUCUGAACCAAUUUUGAGUGUUCAGUGCCACAAGGAAGAUGAAUCAGAGGAAAUCGGCUGCAGGAACAGGAAGGCCGUCUGGAACCGAUGGCUAUGAUUUUUCAUAUCGCAUGGUCGUCGAUUCUCGGUACCAAAAGGUUGCUAAAGGCAAAUCUCGUCUCUAUUCCCUGAUUUCAGCUCAGGUUAUCAUUCAAUUAUGUGGAGCGGUAUACUUGUUUAUAUUGACAUCAAAGAGAGAGACUCUAGAUAAACUUGCUAUUUCAUCUGCCAUCACUGGUUUCUUUUCACUGCUUGUGGGAGAACUAGGUCGAAGGCACAGCCGUGCAAGUUUUUUGAAAAUAUAUAUGAUUGCAUCAUCUAUAGCGCUCUUACUACUUUUUGCUAAUGUCUCUCAGGGAAAUUAUACGUUUGAGGGUAUCGGGGAUCUAAGUAAUUGGCAGAGAAAGAAGCUCGAACUUUUCGAGACGAUCCGCAUUUUCCUCGGAUCUCUGCUUCAGAUAUUUGCAAUGAGCACAGUGAUUUCCCUCAUUGGUAACAUGUCUCCUCCAAAACGUACCUCUUAAAUAGUUCUGUACCAAAUUAAUGUCCUCCUAACGACCAGCAAAGAUAGCUCUUACUGCUUCUCGAUUUUGACUCGAUGCUAAAGAAAUAUUGCGUUUGUCAUUCUAGAUCGUUAUUGAGAGGUUAACUAUUUUGGAAUCGGAUGACAUUGAAAGUUAGAGAUUAAAA